CUUCCAUUGACAGCUCUCCAACAAAAUCAGAAUCAUUUCAACACCUUUUUUUUAGUUAUAAUUUUUUUCCUUUUAUUUUCUCCCUCAAGCACAGAAAAACCACUCCCUCGUUUCUCUUCUAAUUCUCACUCAUCACGCAUGAAUGCUAGAAAAUUUUGAUCACUCUCUUCUCAAACAAUAAUUUACCCUAAUUUGUCUUUUCACGCACAACCCCAUUCCCUCAUUUUCGGAGAUAAGACUACCAACAUGGAAGGAGAGAGAGACCAACAAGCGGGGAGAGAGGCGGCGGAGGGCAAUCGUUGCUCAGAUCUUCGUCGGCUUGAGGAUGUACGGUAGUUACAAGCUCCCCAAGCACUAUGAUAACAAAGAGGUUCUUAAAGCUCUAUGUAAUGAAACGGGUUGGAUCGUUGAAGAAGAUGGAAUAUUUUAUAGAAUGAGUAAUCACAACAACCAAGGCAGGAGGAGAAUGAGAGGUAGAACUUUUAGAGCUGAAAGAGAAGAUAAUAUUGGAAGAACAAUUUAUGUUUUUGACAUCGAUCACAAUCAGCUACGGACAAGCUCAAAACCAAGUGGAGAAAACAUGUGUUAUGCCAAAGUAACAGAGUUCAACAUGGGGAAGGUCAAUCAACAAAAGUAUGAUUUUGAUUUUUGUAUUAUGCAUGCUUUCUUUUGGAUUUUGCUCACAAUGUGACUCAGACUUCCACAUGAAAGCAACAAGCAGCAUAACAUCCACCAAAGCAAUAAGUGAAGCUUAAGUGAGCAACUGGGAUGCACUCCAAGAGAAGCUUACAGCCUUUAUUUUUGAGUUCAUUCGGGUUAUCAUGAAUAUAAAAAAUUAUCUAAUUAUAGUUAAUGUCUUGGCAAAUAAGUACGUGAAUCCAGAAAUUCUUAUCAAUUGCUUUAAUUGUAUAUAAGCAAUGAAAUCAA